GCCGCGCCCGCUGCGCCCCCGCCGGCGCCGGGCCCCCAGCCCCGCGGCGGUGCGGGGGGCGCGGGGCAGCCGGAGGGGCGCGGCGUGUACAUCCGCGAGUUCCGCCCGGCCGAGCAGGAGGCAGCGCGCCGCAUCUUCUACGACGGCAUCAUGGAGCGCAUCCCCAAUACGGCCUUCCGCGGCCUGCGGCAUCACCCGCGCACGCAACUGCUCUACGCCCUGCUGGCCGUGCUCUGCUUUGCCCUGACCCGCUCGCUGCUGCUGACGUGCCUGGUCCCGGCCGGGCUGCUGGGCCUGCGCUAUUACUACAGCCGGAAGGUGGUCCUUGCCUACCUAGACUGCGCACUGCACACGGACAUGGCUGACAUCGAGCAGUACUACAUGAAGCCCCCAGGCUCCUGCUUCUGGGUAGCUGUGCUGGACGGCAAUGUUGUGGGCAUCGUGGCGGCGCGGGCCCACGAGGCGGACAACACGGUGGAGCUGCUGCGUAUGUCUGUGGACUCACGCUUCCGUGGCAAGGGCAUCGCCAAAGCGCUGGGCCGCAAGGUGCUGGAGUUCGCUCUGGUGCACAACUACUCCGCGGUGGUUUUGGGCACGACGGCCGUCAAGGUGGCCGCCCACAAGCUCUACGAGUCUCUGGGCUUCAGACACAUGGGCUCGAGUGACCACUACGUGCUGCCCGGCAUGACCCUCUCGCUGGCCGAGCGCCUCUUCUUCCAGGUCCGCUACCACCGCUACCGCCUGCAGCUGCGUGAGGAGUGACCGCCACCUGCCUGCCAGCCUGCUACCCCGGCCACCCUGUCCGCCUGCGCCCGCCUGCCCGCCACCCGGGCCCGCUUUCAGACAUUCACCUUGGCGUUUGUGUUGGGUUUUUCUUUUUUCAACAUCACGUGGUUCUUUGGCUGGUUCUUGGGGGGUGUGGAGCUGUUGCUCAUCUGUGACUCUUUGGGUGGGUCGGUUGUUUGCAGCCACGGCCCCUCGCCCUCCCAGCCUGCUGGGGCCACGCCGUGAAGAGUGACAGCAUGGACCACCACGUACCCACGCAGCUGCCCGGCCCGGCUCGAGGGGCCUUUUCUGGCCCACCACCAUUGGGGCAGGCCCAAUCUUGCCCACCAAGCACAGAACCUCUGCAACGAGGCCCUCGCCCAGCAGGCUCCUGGCCACUAGCCAGGCUGUGGCUCAGUCAUUGGUCCCCAGGAGGGGUGGCCUGUUGGGCUGGCCAGCCACUGCCCUGUGGAGUGCCGAGCUGGCCGUGGGCCCCGCUUUGCUCUGUGCAUGCUGAGGAUGUGGCCUGGCUGCAGCAUGCCGCAUGCCCACAGCCUCCCGCCCUGCUGCCCUGUCUAGACUGGGCCCAGACUGGUGAGCGCCCCCGCCCCACCUCUGAGCCAGCCUCCGGUGACCCACCUGCUCUCUGGAGGGCUGGGCCAUCCAUGCUGCCCCUGGCUUCACCUAGUUCUGCUUUCCUUUGACAUCGUGUCUCCUUUUUUUCCUCUUGGUCCCACCCCUCCCUGCCUGGGCUUUGCUGAUUGGCGUCAUCGCCCAGGUGUGGUUCCCAUAGCAACCUGUUGCACAGCCGUGUCAGGCCCUUCAGGAGAGCAGGGUGGGGAGGCCGUCGCGGGGUUGCCUCUCCCCCAGCGCCAGCUAGAUCAUGGUGGCCUCUCCUACACCUCCCUAAAAACCUUCCUGCCUCAUAGCUGAUGGGCUCUGCCCUGUGAAUCUUACUAAUCCAGGCCGCUGCCAACACCACCGAGCCCACAGCUUCUCCCAGCCUGAAACCGACCUAUUUUUUGAUAAGUUAUUUAGACAGAAUAGCACUCUGCAUGACUUUAAUUCUUGGGACAAAACGGUAGUUUAUACCUUAAUACACACACCUGUGUGGUCUAGAAUAUGCACUAUUUCUGGCCCGGUUUGGUGGAAGUGGGUGGCCGGGGCGGGGGGGGCGUGGAGGAUUUCAGAGUUUGAAAUCUGAAGGGAGACCCUGAUUUAGCAUAACUUCUCCCCAAAGAGCAUGCCUGGUUUGAAAGGAGGCUCUGGGCCACUCUGUCCAGCCCUGACGUGCAGGACUGAGGGCAGGAUGGGAGCAAAUUCCCCACAGCCUCUGGGUGGAGGAGUUGGGGCCGCUGCCUUCGGGAGGAGCAAGUGGGUCUCAUGGUCCCCUGUGGUUCAGGGGGCCAGCUGUGUUCCCAGCCUCUCUUUCCUGAGGUCAGAGACAGGGACUGUCGUGUGUGGGAUGGCCUAGAGGGGGAGAGGAAGGUGGUGGCUGACCUGUCCAGCUGUAAACCUGGACCCCGCUGUGGUGGCAGGAGGGGCAUAAAUGCCCACUGAGACCCCUUUAUUUGGGGCUAUGGAGGAGGGGAGAGUGGCAGGCAUGGCAUGCCACAGAUCUCGGUCCCCAUGCAGGACCACAGAGAGGACAUUCUUAAAAAGGCGAUUUGGAAAUUAGCAAAUGAGUGAAACAAGCCCAGGGCCCGAGGGGCCUUUUGUGCUGUCAGGAUUCGAGAUGUUUGCAGAACACUGUACAGACCCCUCUCCCCUGUACAUUUCUCCCUGGUGGCGCCCCGUCCCUGCUUGGGAAUGGGAGUUUUGUAGACUGUACAGAAAUUGGCACCCUAUUUUCUUGCAGCUCUCAGAUUUUGUUAAUCUGGAUUAUACAGACAGACGUAAAGUGUUUUAGCAAAAUGGAAAACAGUUGUGCCUUUUUCCUCUUUCUGUUUGGUUUGGUUUUGGCUUGGGGGCGGACUUAGUUGGCGUUGAGUGUGUUGGGGGCUGCAGCAGAGCUGAGGCCUGGCCAGAUGGAAAGGGCUGGCAGGGGCCGUGCGGGGUCAGCAUGGUCGGCCAUAUCCUGUCAGGGGGUAGCUCGGGGACGCCGCCAGCUUCCUUUGAUCCUGUGCCUUUGGAGCCUCUGGUCUCUCAUGUGGGGGCAUGUGGGUGGGGGCUGCUGGAGCCCACUGAGGCCAGGUCAGAGCCUGGGGCUCUGGGAUGGCAGCAUCUGGUUGAUGUUGACCAAAACGCUUCACUGGUGUUGCUCCAGGGCAGUGGUGUGGUCCUCUCCUGUCCUGCUAGCAUCUGUCUGUCCACUCAAGAUCUGUGGGCUGGGUGAGCUGCUGCGUCUUCCCCGGUCGGACAGCCUAGAGGCUGGCUGGACUUUCGACCUUUCUUUAUUGCCUUUUUUUUGCUGCCAGGACUUGGAAGAGAUGCCGGGAGGGGCACAGCAGGAUGGCCAUGUGUCCAGAACCCUGCUGCCCAGCUGCUGCCUGGCUGCUGAAGUAGGCAGAGGCAUCUAUGUGCCCACCAGGCUGGGCUGCGCAGCGCCCAGGAGUGGGCCCUCACCUGGCCUGUGUGUGGUUCAGCAGGCCCCUGAGGACCACUGCGGGCAGAUCUCCCAUUCUUUCCCUGGGCUGGAGGCUGGGCAUGCUGGUUAGGGGGCCGCGGCUUCCCUCCAGCCUGGGAGCUAACUGCUCCGCAAACGUGCACUGAGAUGUGAAUUUUAUACGUUUGUAGAAAUUCUGAUGUUACUUCUUCUACCUCUGUGAAGUGUCCUCCUAGGGUCCUGCUCAGUGAUGUGUCUGGGCAGCUUCUCUGAGUUGGCCGCCCUGGGCCCCCAUGCCCUGCUGGCCUCCUGAGCCUCCCCCAGUGCCGCCUGGUAAGGCCCAGGGAAAGCCAGCCCCGCACCUGGCACCCGUGCUCAGGGGUCAGGGCUCCCAGGACUUGUCUUGUCUGUUUGGAAGUCUCUGUUUUGGAGCAGAAAUCGGGAGGUGGAGUGUUCCAGAAUGUCUUCAUUGGAUGAGUCUGGAACACAGAGCUGAUGGGCAGCUCCAGGCAGUGAGAUCUGGGCAGCUGAGGGCUCCUGUACCUCUGGACAGCCCAGUGCCACCAGGGUCUAGGCAUGUAGCUGGUGGGCGUCCCUGGGGCAGCUCCCACCACUCAAGUGUGGGCUCUGCAGAUAGCUGGCUCCUGAGGGUGGGUGGCCAGUGUGGGUGGUCUGCAUGUGCUGAGGCCAGCCGUGGCCUGGCCCUGGGAAGGGCCAUGUCCAGCCUGGCCUCCCACUGCUGCCCUUGGUUGAAGGGGGCUGAGGGAUGGGGCCAGCCUACCCUGAGGAGGUGGGGAACUGGGCCUGCAAGAAGGCUUGGGCUGGGAGGCCCUACAGACAGCUGGCCUGAGGCCUUGAGGUCCUUGGACAGGCCCCACCUUGCUCUGGGCAUCCUUCCUCAGAGAAGGCCCUUAGAGGGGACAGGGGGCAUGCUCCUCAGGUGGCUUCCUCGGGUGGCUGGCAAGUGCUUGGGGGGCUCUGUGGGCCGGAGGGCCUGGCUCUCCUGGGAGGCACGUGAGCAAUGUGAGUGCUUGUCCCUGCCUGCCAGGGGCAGGCUGGCUUGCGCAGCCCCUAACCCUGGCCCUUGCUAUGCUGGGGCCAGGUGGGGGCCUGGGCGGCACCCAUGGGGCCACCUUCCUGUCAGUGUCCAUGGCUGGACAGUAGCCCCCAAGCCCUGGGAGCCCCCACCUCUCCCUGGCCAGGCAGGUGGUGUUGCUGCUGUGUCCUGUGUUACCUGCUGCUCCUGUGUCUGUUUGAAGCCACUUCUGUGAAUCAGUUUUGGCCACAGGCCUGUGUUCCUGUCCUAGUGGUCCUAUGGCUGAGGCUUUUAGGGUUUGAGUUCUGGGCAGACCCUGGAAUAUGUUUGCUCCUUGGUGCCAGCGAUGUGCUUCCAGCGGUGGUGUGAGGUCCACUGGCAAGUGGGCGGCCCAGGGCCUGGGGUGGAAGAGGGUGAGCCCUGACCUACCAUUGUCGGAUGUAUUUUUUUUUUUACAGCAAUAAUUAGCCAUUUUGAAGAAGGGGUGUGCCUGUGUGUGUGCGCAUGCACAUGUGUGCGCCUGUAUGUGCAUGUGUGUGUGCGUGUGUGCCUGUGCUGUGUGUGUGUGCACACUCGUGUGGUGACAGGGAGGGAACCUGGUGGCCAAAGGCCUCCUGCUCCAGCCGUGGAAGGGGAGGCCAGGAGGUGCUUGGCAGGGACAGGCUGGCCCCAAGGCCUGUGCCCAGAAGCAGGGUCCUUGUGUAACCGUGCCCCAGCUCUGCUGCUGUAUGACUCUCCCUUCUCUGGGGCCUGCCCGGGGCCCAGCAGACCUUGAGUAGUGCUCCUUCCCCCUUGGAGAGGGUGCUGGAUGGGCCUGCAUGAAGGAGGGGGGGCGACCCAGGAUGAGCCUUUGCCUGGAUCUCAGCGUGUGGGAAGGGUGGCAGGGGUGGUGACACUCAGCCACACUGGCCGAGAUUAGAUUUGGUGACACGGAGUCACCUGGACCAGGCUGUCUGACCACAGCUGCAUGGAUGCCGUGUCUUUGGGAGAGCGGAGCCCAGAGCAUGCCAUGGUGACUGGCUUCACUUACUGUGGUUUACUAUUUAUGAGCCCACGAUUAUGGUGACUGUCCUGAGACCCCAGGAUGUGCCAAAAGAGCCCCAAGAGGGCCCGGAGGGGCAGCGGGCCAAGUUUCAGAGGAGACAGGCUUCAGGGCCAGGGGUGGGUAGGGGUCCCAGGCUUCCUGUGGGUGUGUGAGCAGCAGGAGGGGUGGGGAGCGGUGUGGUCCCUCCGCCUGCACGGCCUCCAAUGCUGCUGUUUUUCAAUAAAACCAGAGUUGAUGGAA